UUUUAAUAAUUUCUUUGUUAAAAGUUCUAAAGAUUUCAGGAAAGAUAAAUCAUGGUCAAUGCAGAAAAAGUCGAAGUGUAGUUAAUAUAUAGAAAUGCUCUUUCAAUUUAGUUUAUACUGAAAUUUUUUGUUAGAGUUUAACAGAGCACUUUGAUACCUGUUGACUUUACUUCAACUUUUGCUUUGCUGACUACGACGUAUUUUUCUUGAAAUCUUUAGAACUUUGGACAAUGGAGUUAUUGAAGAAUAUACAAAUAAAAUGAUGGCAUCAUUCAUUAGUUGAUUAAUGAUUAAUUAAAAAUAAAAUAUGUCAAACAUUUUGUUGCAUGACAAAUUGAUUAUUUUGUGUGACAAUAGACAAUGUGUAGACGAUUACUAUCGCCUCUUUUUAUUUCAAUGAAAAUGUUCAAUGUGAUUAGAAAGUUCAAGACUGUACACAAGUUGUAAUUAUAGAUUUUGAACAUCUCUGUAUUGAUGACACCUCUUCAGUCAUCACAAUGUGUUUUGUGCGAAAUGAUCGCCAAAACUCUGUUAUUAGCAGAAAAAGCAACAAGUACUUGAAACAAAAAUGCUUCGAGUUAAACAGAAUAAUAGGAUAAAAACUAUGCCAAGACAAAAUCGAAUGAAUUUCAGUAUCAGAGACAAUAUAGAGUAAAAUUCACAAAUAACCUUGCUGCGUCAACCGUCUACUUUUGCUUCAAUUCGUGCUCCAAUCACCAUGGGCACGCAGCCCUAUUACAAGAUAGCUGAUCUCCUUACCUUCUUCACCCACACCAUCAACAUCAUACCUAUGCUUCAUCAGAAUUUUCACCCUCAAUACUCUUCGCCUUAUUUUCAUCCAUUGGUUAUCUACUAUGAAUGUAUAUCGUCUAUCAAACAAGUCAAAAAAGCUGUGUUAUACUAACUAUGUCACAAUAAUUAAAUUUGCUGAUCAAAAAGUAACUUUCUCAAAAUAACAUUGUAAUGCUAAACAUUUUAAAUGUACAUAUCAAAAUAUUGUGAAUGAAAAAGUGGUCUUUUUUUCACAUUUGAUGGUAAUUUUAUGACCUCUGAAAAUUUAUUAAAAUCAAUUUUUCAAUGUGGAUAUUCUCAGAGAAUUAAAAUGUUUCAAAUUGUGAAUUAUUUGAGUUGGUUUGGAAUUGAAAAUAAUAAUGUGUAAAUUUCAUGUUUCUUAUAAGAAAAUCAUUUUUCAUUAUUGUUUUGCAGAAAAUACAAACUAUUGUUGAUUUUUCUUCAAUAGAAAAAAUUGUGUUUAUUCCUAACUACGCAUUUUUUUCAUAUGAAAUACAUUCUUUUCAUAAUAUUAAUUUUUCGUUCAUAUUGAUUCUAUUGAACAUAUAGGACUAAUAUAGAUGAAUUGGUCGCCUACUCUAAAAUAUUACAAUUCUAUAUGCCAGUUUCUAUAGUGACCUCUCUUCAUUAGCAAUAUAUAUAGAACAUUGUUCGUAAAUUUCCAGUUAAAGCACACACAAACCAACAUUAUCUUUCAUUGUUUCUUGCUAUUCAAUUUCUUCAUUUCUAAUGAAUCAUAAUUAUCUCGAAUUAGAGAAAGAUAGGAAUGAAAUCAAUGGAGAAAAUACUUGUAAAAGUGAAUGUUAUGACCUAAUUAUAGGAUUUGAAUGUGCCUCAUGAGUGGUACAAAUGUUAACAAAAGAACAAAUAGACUCGCUUGAACAGUGUAAAAUAUUUGAUAAAAUAUUUUAGUUUCUCACGAUAAGAAUAUUCCUAAAGUAGAUAAAAUGAAAAGUAUUGCCACACAUCUUAAUGUUUCGGACUAUUAUUUUUAAGUAAGAAAAUCUUUUUUCUUUUUUAGUUAAUGUUCAUAUUACAUUUUUUGUUUAGACAUCGUUCAAAUAUUAUUUCUUCAACGAAAAAACUGCUACUUUUCUUCGCUAACGUUACUUCUUACCUAUGAUAGCUUAAAAGAAAAUAUAUCGUUCGAAUAUGUUUGAGCUAUUUAAUUGAACUCUUGUUUAGUUAUGUAAAAAGAUGUUGUCCUCGUUAAAAAAAAAGUCUAAUAAAGAAAAUUCGAAAUAUGUUGUAUUAGUGUGACAAUACAAAAGAAAGAGAAUAUAAAGACAACAGCAAGCUUCUAGAAAAUAAAAGUAUUUCACAAUCUUGUCUAUAGUUUUUUUUUUCUAUAGAUGAAUAGAAUUCACAUUUCGAAUUAUUUUUAAUAAACUAAAUUUCAAUGAGUUGACACUACUACGAUGAAAUUAGUUCAUUUUUCUUGAUUUUUAAAAGUUUUUUUUUAGAAAUUUUCAUUGCAAAACGACUUUCGCAUCUUUCUAAUCGUAUUUCUCCUGAUUUCAAUGAGAUAAAUGAUAUUUUUAAAAAAAUGAUAAAUCCCAUAUUGAAGAGGAAUAGGAAAGGUUGUCUAGAAAGUAGAGAAGGGAUAUUAACAAUGAAAAUAAUUGAAUUUGUCAGUUAAAAGAAAGCAGCUUUAUUUGCUCAUGAAUGAAUUCAUGUUUAUUUAUUUGAUUCAACAAUAACUCCAACAUCAUCUAUUGCAUUUUCCAUUCCAAAAAAAAAUUAAAAUGACAAGCUGAUAUAAUGGUAACAGCAAGGCAUAACCCAAAAGAUGAUCAUGAUUAUAAAGUUUAUUCGAAAAAUGAUGUGCACAUAUUGCUGAUUCUAUUGAAGCUAAUGUAGAAUCGUGGAAGGAAAAGCAUGAAAUUUAGAUAUACUCAAAGAUAACAACUCCAAAUUAGUUUCUGAUCCUGUUGAAAAGGUGACACCUUUAUUUGAGAGAAAAAAUUCUUUAUUUGAAUAUAUAUUCAAUGCGUCAACACCAUUAAAAUUUGUUUAUACUCCUGUUCAUGGUAUUGGUCAAUCACAUGUUGAACGAGCAUUUGUUGCAUUUAAAUUUCAACCAUUUAUUUUAGUUGAUGAACAAAAACAAUCUUGGUUAGUAAUUUUCCCACAGUCAGAUCCAGAAGAAGAAAAAGAAACACUUGAAUGUGCUAUUGCAAUAGCAAAUAAAAAUAAUGAAAAUACACUAGUUCAUCGUAGUGAUUCUCAUUUGGAUGCUGAUGAAAAUCAACCACAAGAUUCUAAAGAUGAAGAAUAUGUUCGUCCAAAAACAUGA